AUGGCGCGCGAUCGACUAGUCACUACCGACCCAGAAGAUUUGGCUUUGGUGUUAGGCUUAUGGUAUCUUCGUCUAGCAUGCCUCUCACGACUACGCCUCUUCAACCAAACCUCUGUUGAAUGUAGCAACCUUUUUUCUGUCUUGAACGCCUUGGGCUGGGAUCAUAUGGGCUACCUUGACGCGCACAAUGCGUUAUUGAGAAAGUGUAAGCUCAAGGCAAGAAAGGCUCCGAAAUCAGACCCAACGAUAAAUUCGAUGUGGAAAAAACGUGGAGCGAGGGUUUCUUUGAUCAUUGCGUCCCAGUUAUGCGAAAUGAGAGAUUUUGGUGCAUCCACGAAACCAUUGGAGUCCUUAUGCAAUCAAUCAGAGCCAACAUCGGCACUACGAUCUGCGUUGGCGCGAAUCUAUCUCCAGGGCCGAUAUAUACAAAAAGCUAAAACACAUUUUUCGUUUGUCGAGCAGAGUCCUGACGCUACUGAGGGCAUGAAAAGCAUCAACGAGGCAUUGCUGGCCUGCGCGAAUGGAGAAUGGGACUUUGCGAGUACGAGAUUGACUUAUCUCAUUGAGAGCGAACCUGAUAAUUUCGUGUAUGCCAGAAUAGGCCAGAAUUCAUACAUUCACACUGCACAAGUGGCUCCAGCCCGAAUCAUUCAUUCUUGACCGAAAAAUUUUACCAACAUACAUGCCAAAUCAGGUCGAUUUUUGACCGAAUCUGGAACCAACGUCCCCUACCAUAAACAGGGGUCCU